AUGGGACUGCUUCGGUCAGAUGAGGUGCCGGGGGCUGAUAUUGGAAGAGCUCUGGCAGACCUAAAUGCUGCCUGCCAACCUAUUGGCCACGCGAAUUUCCAAGGGGAUGAGAUUGUGGAAAGCCCUUUAGUCGUUCCCGAAAGCACUCCUGUAGCAGUUCUUUCGAGUGGGGUAGAUUUGAUGAACUCUGAUCAGCGUGACAUGAGCCCAAUCUGUCGGCGCCCAAUGGCUGUUUAA